GACCAUCAGCGCCCGCGCGCCGCCGGACGCAGUCGUCGGCGCACCGCCGCCGCAUCGGAGCGCCGCAGCACCGUCGCAGCACCGUCGCAGCGUUCAAAACAACGAUGCCGCAAAGGCUCCUCGUCGCCGCGCUCCUCGCCGCCGCCGCGGCGUUCCGGCCGCCGCAGAGCACGGCGCGACGACCGACGCUCCUCCGCGACACGCUGGGCGUCGAGGGCCACCUCAACGGCGGGUUCGGCAGCUUCAGCGCCCUCGUCUUCCAGAACGAGGAGCUCUGGAAGUCGCUCGACGACGCCGUCGGGUACACGGUGCUCGCGCCGAACGACGGCGCGUUCGCGGCGCUGGAGGACAAGGUGGUCCAGCAGCUCAAGGACCCGCGCAACGGCGAGGUGGUCAUGCAGCUCGGCGCCUACCACGUCAUCCGCGAGCCCGUGACCGCGGACGCGCUCUUCGAGUCGGGCGGCGUCGUGACGGCCGGCGGCGAGGUCUCCGUCGGGCGGAGCACGACGGGCGGCCUCUUCGGCUUCGGCGGCCAGGAGGACGGCGGCGUGCUCAUCGGCGGCGCCAAGCUGCUCAACACCGUCGAGAUCGGCAACUGCCUCGUCCACGAGAUGGACGGCCUCUGCAACCCCAAGGCGCUCUUCCGCUUCCUCGACAGCGCGAUCGAUGGGCUCCUCGUCUACGACCAGCACCAGCAGCUCCCCGGCAAAGAUGAGACCGGCGACACCAUGAGCGCCUUCGCAUCCUACCGUGUCUGCUCCGCCUGCGACGGCGAGGGCGACGUCGCGGCCGUGAUCUCGCAGCGGCAGGCGAAGCGCCUCGCCCACAAGAGGCAGACGACGCCGCCGCGCGCCGUGUGCGCCGCCUGCGACGGGCGCGGCGUCGUGCCGGGGCCGCUGCCGCCGCUCGCCGACGCCUCUCCGAAGGUCGCCGUCGUCGGCGGCGGCCUCGCGGGCGCGGCCGUCGCGCUCGCGCUCCGGCAGCGCGGCGUCGCCGUGGUCGUCUUCGAGGCCGACGCGUCGCGCGACGCGCGGCCCCAGGGCUACGCCUUCACGCUGCAGCAGGGCUCGUCGGCGCUGCGGAGCCUCGGCGUCGCCGUGCGCGGCGCGUCGCCGACGCGCCACGCGUCCUUCGACUGCCGGGGGCGGCCGCUCGGGACCUACGCGCCGGCGCGCGCGGGCGGCGGCCGCUCGAGCCGGCGCGCGGCGAACGUCGUCUGCCCGCGGCGGCGCGUGCGCGACGCCGUCGCCGACGCGCUGCCCGACGGCGUCGUGCGCUACGGCCACCGGUUCCUAGGGUUCGGGGAGGGGGGCACGCUCCGCUUCGAGGCGGGCGACCGCGGCCCCUUCGACGUCGUCGUCGGCGCCGACGGCGUCCACAGCGCCGUGCGGGCCCUGGCCGCGCCGGAGGCUAAAACGUCCUACCUCGGCUACGUCGUCGCGCUCGGCCUGGCGCCCGCGGCGGCCGCGCCGCCGGAGUUGCGCGGCGCCACGUGGCAGGUCGUCGACGGCGAACGGGCCCGCGUCUACUCCAUGCCCUUCGACGGCGACGAGUCGGCGUCGACGGACGGGUCGUGCGAGCGUGCUCCCGGCGCGACGGCGCGCGUCAUGUGGCAGUGCUCCUGGCGCGAGCCCGACGAGGCCAAAGCGCGCGCGUCGGCGAAGGCUCCCGGCGCGGCCGUCGUCGCCGCCGCCCGGAGCUCGACGCCGUCCUGGCCGCCGCUCGUGUGCGACCUCUUCGCGGCGACGGACCCGGCGGACGUCGUGGCCUACGCCAUCCGCGACGCCGACGCCGCCACCUACGCGGGCCCGCCGGGCGUCGUGUUCGUAGGAGACGCGGCGCACGCGAUGAGCCCCUUCAAGGGCCAGGGCGCGAACCAGGCGCUCCUCGACGCCCUCGCCCUCGCGCGGGCGCUCUACCGCGUGCCCGAGCUCCGCGGCGAACGCGCGCCGCCGCGGGACCGCGCCUCCGUCGCCGCGGCGAUCGCACACGCGAUCGCGGCGUUCGCGGACGACCGCGCCGCCGCCGUCGCGCCCAAGCUCGCGCUCUCGCGCGCGAACGCGCACCUCACGCACUCCCCGGCGGCGCUCGCCGUCGAGGCGGCGAACGCGAAGAAGGCGAAGGCCCAGGCGGAGAAGGACGCCGUCAAGGCCGCGGCGAACGAGCGCGCCGAGGCGGCGAACUGGGCCGUCGGCUCCAACUCGCGCGGCGCGGCCAAGGCCAUGAAGGACGCGGAGAAGGACGCGGCGAAGGCCGACAAGGACGCGGCGCGGCGCGCGGCGCUCGCCGAGGAGGAGGCCGAGACCGCGGGCGUCAAGAAGCCCAAGAAGGUGAAGAAGAAGGGCGCCGACGUGUCGGACCUGCUCCUGGCGGGCCUCAAGGGCGGUGAGAAGAAGAAGAAGGCGCCACCGGCCGCGGGCGCGCAAAAGGACGAGGCCUUCGCGCUCCGCGCCGCGCAAAAGGCCGCCGCGGACAAGGUCGCGGCGUCCAAGGGCAUCGUCAUGGACGGCGACAAGGAUUUGAUGCGGUCCAACGACAACCGCAAGUCCGCGGACGACGGCGCGGGCGCGUCGGGCAUGGACAACGCGCUCAGCAUGCUCGGCGUCGCCGACAAGGUCGCCGAGUCGAAGAACGUCAAGGUCCUCUACAACGCCUUCGUCGAGAAGACCAUGCCCGUGCUCAAGGAGGAGAACCCGGGCCUCAAGCUCUCCCAGCUCAAGGACCGCGUCUUCACGCUCUGGCAGAAGAGCCCCGAGAACCCGAAGAACCAGGCCCCCUGACCUAGGUUGCCAGGUAACGGUCCUGGGGG